GAUGCUCUGGGGUUUCCCAGCAGGCCUGUGAAGAUGAGUGUGACAUCAUGGUUCCUGGUAAGCAGCUCGGGCACUCGACACCGCCUCCCCAAAGAGAUGAUCUUUGUGGGCCGAGAGGACUGCGAGCUCAUGCUGCAGGUGAGACUGUUGGACAAACAACACGCUGUCAUCAACUACAACCCAACAACUGACGAACACCUGGUCAAAGACCUGGGCAGCCUGAAUGGGACGUUCGUGAAUGACCUCAGGAUUCCUGAUCAGACCUACAUCACCCUCAAACUGUCUGACAUCAUCCGCUUCGGAUACGAUUCUCAUGUCUACGUUUUGGAGAAAAGUCAACACAAAGUCCCAGAGGAGGCUCUGAAGCAUGAGAAGUACAGCAGUCAGCUGCAGAUGAGUCUGAAGGCUUCAGAGGGGAAGAAGUCGGAGCUGGAGGAUCGAACGAGAACCGAAAAAACUCCCAGUACCAAGACUCUGACACAGGAGGUUCCAGUGAGUCGACCCACUCCUUUGUACGGUCAGCCAUCCUGGUGGGGAGAGGAGGAUUAUGGGAGUAAAGUUCAGACCAGCGAUGAACCACAUCCAGAAGUGCAGAGAGAUGUUCCGUCUGUGGAUCCAGAUUUCUCUGGAUCUCUGUCAGACUCCCAACCAAAGACCAUCUUCCCCUCAUACCACCGUGAACCGAGCUACUUCGAGAUCCCCACCAAGGACUUCCAACACCCCAAAGCCUCGGGGGCAGAGCUCCACGAGAUCCCCACCAAGGACACGGACACACCUCCGGCUCCACCCUCCCCUCCCACCCCGACCCCACCUGUUGUUCAAAGCCACGCCUCCUUCACCAUCGAGUUCGACGACUGCAUGCCCGGCAAGAUCAAGAUCAAAGACCACGUCACCAAGUUCUCCACCCGCCAGAGGAAGCAGCAGGCUCCACCCUCCAAGACGACCAUCACAGCCACACCUGCUGAGGUGAUGUCGGCAGAGAGCAAGGUGGCUGAUUGGCUGGUCCACAGUGAUGUGAGCAUGAUGAGGAGACGUCCGACAUGUGAAGAUGUUUACAGCACCAAGAGCGACCUCGCCAUGAACAUCAAGACCCUCAAAGGUCACCAUCAUGAGGAUGGAACCCAGAGUGACUCAGAGGACCCAGUUCUCAAAGGAAGGAGUAAAUCCCACCACUCUGUCCACUCUCACCACUCCAUCCAAUCAGAGCAGUCUGAGGCGUCGCAGCAGACAGUCCAAUCAGGUCAGUCUGUCCUCAGUCAGACCCCUGCUCCAACGCAGAAGCUUCACCAGCCACUGCAAUACUCUCCACCCAGACAAGCCCCAGCCUCGCCUGUGGCCCCUGAGCGGCCCCUGUCCCAGAGCCCUCCUCAGCCUCCGUCCCCCACUACAGAGAUGCCCAAGCAGGGGCCCCCUGAGCACCUCACCCAGCAGGCCUUCAUCAUCGAGUUCUUUGACGACAACCCACGCAAAAAGCGCUCACAAUCCUUCACACACAACCCCGCCCACGCUGACUCGUACUCCGCCCUGAAGGCCAAGCUAGAGCGGCGGAAAGGUGGCGAGAGGCCAGCAUCCGUGCAUGGCCACAUCCCUCCCACCCAGCAGGUGACGGUGCCUCUGAAGGGUCAGGGCCACGGCGGACCCCAGAGGUCAAGCUCUCUGAAGAGGGAGAAGACAGAGGGGGAGGUGGCCUCGUCAAGUUCCUCCUCUCGCUCCUCCUCUGGCAUCAUCAUCAGACCCUUCGGCAGCGUCGGGAAGAAGUCCAAGCUUGCCCAGGAGUUCGCUGCUGAAUUCCUGAAGGAUUCAAGUCCACAGGACUCCUCCCCAACAAGGGACAAGAUGUCACCUCCACCGAUGUCUGCUCCACCAGUGAUGGUGUCGCCUCUUCAUGCAAGAAUUCCCUCCCCACAAGAACCUCCAGGGCUGUCUUCAGUCUCUUAUCCAUCCUCCCCCUUACAGCCUCCAGCAAUCUCAAAGCCCUCAUUCCCCAACAAUGCUGGCCAGACCGCCUCUCCGGUCCACUCCUCUGGACCUCAGAUGUCUUCGAUGCUGCCCCUGACCGUCCGUGCAGGAGACACAAAAGGUUCCCAGAGGAUGGUGAGGAACGAGGAGGAUGACAGUCUGAGUGACGCUGGGACCUACACCAUUGAGACGGAGUCACAGGACAAAGAGGUGGAGGAGGCUCGCAACAUGAUCGAUCAGGUGUUUGGUGUCCUCGACUCUCCAGAGUACAGUGGUGUGAACACAGGAGUGUAUAGACCUGUUAUAAAUGAUGGCAAGGAUGAGCAAGCUAACCUGCCUAGUGAUGGUAGCACUGUGGACCCGUUGCAUGGCUUUAUCCCAGCUGCUAUCAGCGGCCCCCCAACAGGCCCCAUACAGGUUCCAGCUGCUCAUGCAGCAGGUCUGGAAGGACCUAAGUGGGUUUCCCGUUGGGCCAGUCUGGCAGAUAGUUAUGCUGAACCUGGUUCCACUCCACCUCAAGGGGAAUGUCUAGAAGAUUUGCGCCUGAUGAGUCGGUCAAUGGGAAGUUACAGUUACGAUAACUCUGAGUCAGAGUCCAGUCACAGCUCCAGGACAAGAAGACUGUUGCCCCAGGUGCCUCCAGAAAAGCUGGACAGUGUUGCCCCAAGUAUCCUGAUUCGCCAUGAAUCUUACCAAGGCCAGGAACCUCUGGACAGAGUCUCCGGUCCUCCCCGCGCACAAGACUCUACCCAGCGCCUGUCCGUUCAGGACGAUGUGGAUCCAGACAGCCUGAGUGAUGCCAGCCGCUCAGAUGAUGGACCUGUUCUGGAGAAAACAAAGAAGAGUCAGGCCAGGACUGGAGCUACGUCUCCAGGGGUCACUGGUCCACAGUUUAAAGGUCAGGAGAAGGUGUCUCCAUCCACCAAAUCCACCUCCUUCUACAUUGGUUCUGAAGACCAUCCAGGCAAACCUGAUCAGUCCCGGAGCCCGGUACAGUCUGAGAGGACACGAGAGCCCCCAGCAAAAACUCCCCCUACCACAGUCCUGAUCCGACACCUGAGUGGGCAUGAACCCAGAAGGACAGGAGUCAAACCCAACAGCUCUGCUCCAAACCUCCAAACACAGGACAAGGAUUCUGUCCCAACUAAAGACAGCUGCAUGUCUUCCUUUGUCCGGCAGGAGAGCUUCACCAAAGACCGGCCCAGUGACACCAUCCAGAUGAAGAAACUCCCCCACAUCUCCAGUCACCCGUCCAUCAGAGACAUGGAGCAGAGGAGGGAGAACAUCCAGGAAACUCAGUCCUUCCUACAGGAGGCUGAGGGAACUUUGUCCUCUCUGGACACCAAGCUCCCCUCAUCUGGUUCUGGUCGCAGCUCAAAGAAGGGCGGCUCCUCCAGCCACAUGGACGAUUCCCUCUCUGGUGAGUCGGAUGUGGACACAGCAAGCACCGUUAGCCAAGUGAGUAGCAAAAAUGCUCCAGUCAGCUCCUCUAAAAAGCGUCCGGCCAUCAGCAGCCUUCAGAAGGAGAAGUCCUCUUCCAGCCCGUCCAUCCAAGAAAAAGGACGGCAGCUCACUGCCCGUGAACGGCUGUCAGAGAAACGCCGAAGCCAGGCGACUGCUGAUGCAUCAAGUAAGGCAGAGGCAGCGAAGCGCUUCCAGAUGCGCCGCAGUGCAGGGAAUCGUGGCUCUCUGGAUCUGUCUGAGGGUCAGCAGGGUUCUGGUCCACAAUGGACUGAAACUACAUCAUCUGACCAUGAAACUUCCCGUCUGUCCAGCCGCAGCAAGAAACUCAUUGCCCCGCUUCAGAAAGAAGACAAUGGAAAGAUGCCCAAGACAGCGACUCAGCAGGUUCUGACACGUUCCAACAGCCUGUCAGCACCACGGCCAACCCGAGCAUCCAUGCUUCGUCGGGCACGACUGGGUGAGGCCUCAGACAAUGAAGGUGCCGAAACUGACCGGGGGUCCCAGAAUUCGGACAAUAUUACUGCACCGACCAAAGUGUCCGCUGAGGGGAAGAAGCUGUCCAGGCUGGACAUCUUAGCCAUGCCCAGGAAGAGGACCGGGUCUUUCACAGCUCCCAGUGACAACGAGACGUCCUCCUCCACGGGCCGGUCCGGUUUCUCCAAUCGGAACUCAGAGUCUGUUCCUACCACCAGGAAGACGUCAGUGGGUGAUGCCCGGCAGGCAGCUAGCAGAGGAACUGGAGCUCCAGGGAAGCAGCCGCUGACCCGUACCCGGUCCACUGGAGCCAAGUACCCCAACACUGGUUCCCGUCGCAGACAGAAGGGCUCAGACUUCUCCUCAUCCUCUGAGGAAGAAUAUGAAACGACUGCUGGUACUCCUAAAGCCAAACGGUCCUCCCAUCCCUCCACCUCCGCUCAGACUCCCCGUGGUCACCGGACGGUCGCCACUCGAUCCAAGUCUGUUUCCGUGGAGACGGAGGAGGACGAAGACCAGAACGAGGUUGACCCCUACCAGAAUUGGUCCACACACAGCGCAGAGAUCGCCAAGCUCAGUCAGGACCUGGCCAAAGACCUGGCCAUCCUGGCGAAGGAAAUCCACGAUGUUGCCGGUGACGGAGACUCACCAAGCUCUGGCAUGGGCACCACCACCUCACCCAGCUCGCUGCCCAACACACCAGCCUCCACCAUCUCUGCCAGGGAGGAGCUGGUCCAACAUAUCCCUGAGGCCAGUUUAAACUACCAGAAGGUUCCUCCAGGUUCUGCUGCCAUCUCGGACCUGGACACAAACAUGAAUGAGCCGGAGCCCGGUUCAAAGCAGCGCCGUCCGUGGAAUCGUGAAGAGGUGAUUCUGGACAACCUGAUGUUGAAUCCAGUGUCUCAGCUGUCUCAGGCCAUCAGAGAGAACACAGAGCAGCUGGCAGAGAAGAUGAAGGUUUUGUUCCAGAACAAGGCCGAGGUCUGGGAGGAGAUUGAGGCCAAGAUCAAUGCUGAGAAUGAAGUCCCCAUCCUAAAAACCUCCAACAAGGAGAUUACCUCCAUUCUGAAAGAGCUGAGAAGAGUCCAGAGGCAGCUUGAAGUAAUAAAUACCAUCGUAGAGCCUAGUGGGGGUCUUCAAACUGCAGCCGUUGGGACGUCAUCCAUCAGUCAGACCCGCCCGUCCUCCAGAGAGAAGAAGCCUUCCUCCAAACCCCGGGUCACACCCCCCUCCUCCAAUGCCAAUGAAAGCACCAAACGACCACCUCGUGGACCCGACGGGGCCCACUACAUGGCCUGAGCCGGCCACCGUAGCACCUCUGGAUAGGAACUGUAGAUCCACACCCUCAGCAGCCACAGGCCCCCGAUCGUCAGUGAUAGUUUGUUUCUGUAGCAGUCAGAGGUGUUUAGAUCAGCAGCCACACCGGGAGAUGUAGCUCAGCACCGACGUCAGCUGAUUGUGAAGUUAGUCUUUAGACCGCCCAACUCGUCAGCUGACAGGUUAUUUCUGUGGUCAACAUAGAAGCUGUGUCUUGCUUCAGGAGGACGUCUCUUACAAAGGUCACAUUUCCAGUGUGAGUUUGUCUCAGCACUGAGAGAAAUGAGAUCUGAACUCAAGGUCCAACUGUUCAUUUGGAUCUGGACUGAUUUAAAUUUGAGGUGGGAACAAACUGAAUGUGUCGGACAAAAAAAACUGCAGCCUGGUCGAUGCUGUCAUGGGUUAACAGGCUGUGAAUCCCUGCAGCUGCUGUAGAUAUCUCAGUCAUGGUUCAGUCUUUUUACACUUUGUAGGAGAAAAGGUUUCUGUGGUCGUAUCAGUCAGUUCCUUUCAUAUUCAGCCACAGACUGUCUGAAGUACAGGACCAGGCUUCUAAACUGCAGGACCCACCAUCAGUCUUUAAAGAUCCUUUAAAGAAGAUGACCUCCAGACUGAGACACAGAUUCAUCUAACUGACGAGACUGACGCUGCGUUCAGGUCAUAUAUAGGUUUUAAUGAGCUUCAAACUUUGUUCAUGUUAACGUAUGAGUUUGUAAAGCUCUGAUCUGACCGGACGCUUCAUAUCAGCCAAAGUCUAAUUCAGAUUUACUGUUAGAUUUCCAAAGCACAGUAUUUUUAACCCUCACAGACUGACUUCAGUCGCGCUGCUGCGCUCGUUUUUCUGCGUCGGUCCACGGUGACGUGGACUUGGUGUUGGACUGGUGGUGUUUCCCUGCUGCUGCUGGUGUGGAUUCACAGAAACUGUCCAAACAAACCUCUCAUUUGUAUCCAGUGAUCCAGUCAGUGAGAACAAAAGCAUUUUGAGUGGCAACUAUAAUAUAACCAUGUAGAACUGCUUCCACAUCGCACAAGCUCAACACAAUUAGUCGAAGCUACAAAAAGAAGCAGCUGCUCAUGCCGCCGUAGUCGUGGAUGAUGUACAAACGUAUAUAUAGAUAAACUUUGUGCUUUGAUAAUCUGUUGUUGCGUUUGAACAGAUGAUAGAUUGUGUGUCUGGUGAAGGUCAUAGCUUCAUCAGAAGGUCCAAGCUGCUCCGACGCCUCUGCCUCGCAGACAGGAAACCUCCCUGUCUCCGCCAGUCUGUGAAGUACAAAGAUGUGAUGCUAUAUUUUACUGAAUGUUUGCGCUGCCUGUCCUGUGACGUCUCAUCUGUGAUUACUGUGAAUCUGCUUCAGGUCGGCUGUCGCUGAAUGUCCGAGAGUUCUCUGUGAAACGUCUGUUGACCUCAAACUAAUCAGCUGAUCCAACGUCCUGCUGGUCCUUAAACACAUCGCCUUCCUCCAUCACAAUGAAUGAAAACAAGAAACACAACACUGGCUGAUGAGUGACUGAUGACCUGAUGAACUGAUGAGACGUUUCAGAGACAGAAAUGUUUCCGUCAGAGUCACAUGACAAAUGAAACUGUUGAGGUGUUUUCCAGGUGAACAAAGUCACAGGUGAAGUUCUGUUCGUCUCAUAUAUACAGGUAAAGAUCAGGUGACCAUGAAGGUCUUGUCCUAAUGAGUGGAUUAAAGGCUCCUCACUGAGGCAUCACCUGCAGCUGCAGAGGUCAGAGGCCAGGCUGUUGUACAUACAGAUCCUAAAACCCGAUCUGACAGUCUUCACAGGGACAGACAGGAGUUAUCUCCACCUGUCACCUCCACCUCUCAGGAUUGUGGUGUCAGUUGAAACCUCUGGAGAAGUUUCCAGGUUCAGGGGUUGUGUUUGUUUAGAUUCAGUGUCCAUCACAGGCUUAGGAAAAAAAAGUGCUUUAUGAUUGAGUCAUUUACAUUUUUCACCUUUUCUGCAGAGAGAGGAGGAAGUGAAACACCUGUGUAGAGUGUGUGUGUGUGUGUGUGUGUGCUGUAGUCUCAAUGUGUUGUUUGUGUGUGUCUUUGUGAAGCAGUCGGGGCGUCACUGUGGAGCUGUCAGAGGUCCAGGCUGGGGUUAGCUCAGCUUAGCUUAUCUUAGCUUAGCUUAGCACAAAGACUGAAGGCAGGGGGAAACUGUUAGCCUAGCUACUCAAAGCUCUAUUCAGAACCUCCAUUGGUAAUCUGCUGUUUUUAGUCAGGCCACUGAGAUGUGGUUAACAUCAGGUCUGAGCAGCUGUGUUCAGGUGAAUCCCUCAGUUUGGACUGACAGGCUCAUCUCUCCUCUCAGACAUUUUAAUCUUAUAAAAUCAUGUGAAGGUGGAUGUCGUGCUAAGCUAAGCUAACCGACUGCAGCUGAAACAGAGAAAGGGAGGAUUUCACUGAGCUGUGUCUAAGUGUCUGUGUGGAGAAACUGAAUAUUUCAGGCUUUUAUUUUGUAAAGUGCAUGUUUCCUGUAGCUUGAGGCAGGUGAGAGUUUGCGGCUAGUUCACCAAAUGUGCACUUUUUCAUUUGUGGAGAUGGGUUGAGCUGAGAUUCUUCUGGAUUUAUUUCUUCAGUCGUUGUGUGUUCGUGCUCUGCCGCCGUCCAGAAUGUAUUAAUUUAUCACCUGCCCACAUCACAAACCUGAUUGGCUGAUGCUGUGAUGAUGUAACUGCUGCUGCUACAGGUGACAGGUAGAGCGGUCCACCUGCAGUUUGUGUUUUUGUUACAGUGCAUGAGAAGCUAUAGAACGCGCGGCUCAUAUUUAUUCUGAAACCUUUUUUAUGCAUCAAUCAUGUGACGGUUGUUUCUACCAGAAUAAAAGUCCUGAGUUCUUCA